UUACUGCCAAUAGUAGAACUUACCAGCAUUAAAGAAUAAAAAACUAGAAAAAUUCAUAUUUGGAAUAAGGUAACUCAUUCGUGCCUUUGUUUUAAGGAAAAUAUCAUACAUUUUUUGUAUGUUUAUAUCGAUCAACUAUGUCGCUAACACAUAAAGAAGGAAAAGAUACUAUAAUAUUCGCAUCAAAAGAAGACCAUGCGACACCUAGUACAAUAGAACUUCCAGAACCAGAACCAAGUCCUGGUCUCUUGUUACCCAAUGGAGAGAUUAACUGGAACUGUCCUUGUCUGGGUGGUAUGGCUACAGGGCCGUGUGGCUUAGAGUUCAGAGAAGCCUUUUCUUGUUUCCACUACUCUACCGCGGAAACAAAAGGUUCCGAUUGCUACGAAGCAUUUAAAACGAUGCAAGUAUGCAUGACCCAGUAUCCUGCGCUAUAUGGAAGUAAAGAUACGAAUCUAGAUGACAUUGACGAAGACAUGGAAGACGAAGAACACGUAAAAAAUACAAAGGCCAGUAGUGGCACGCACGAACAAUUAGAACCAAAGAAGGAAGAAAGAACAGACUCCUCUAGUACUAAAAAUAAAGUAGAACGAAGUAACGAUAAUUGAAUAAGGUUCGUCUUGCCAGUGAAUAAGUAAUACAAUGCAAUCCUGUCGCAAGGCAUCUAGAGAAUAUUUUUACCGGGACUUAACGAAACAGGAUCUCUGUAGUCCUUACAAAGAAUAAGGUUGUAUGGAAAAGUAUGUUGGAAAAAAUAAAGUAUUCGUAAAUAUUGUUA